AUGCUGCAGUCUGGACUGUUGAAAACCAGUGAAUCUAUAACCUUGGAUCUCCUUACAUUCGAAGAUCUAGAAUUUCUACGUGCACGUAGGCAUGAGCGUAACUUGUGUUCAAGUUUGGGUAAUGCAACAAACAAUCGUCGGUACCUUAUAUUAACUUACACGGUAGAGUUUGAUAGAAUCCAUUACCCAUUACCUCUGGAAUACUGUGGUUUACCCGAUCCAAUAAUACUACAAGCUACCAUCAGGAGAUUACAAGCUGAAAUUGAAAAGUUGCAAUCCACAGGAGUGAAUAAAAAUUUACAAAAACGAAUCGAACAUCUUACAAUUGCAAAUCAGAAACUUAUUCAAGAGAAUCAGAGACUUACAAGUGGAGGAAAAGGUUUAAAGCAUUUAUUAGGGUCUAUCAAGACUUUAGAAAGUAAUGUUGCCAAGGAACGUGUAUCUUUUCGAAUACAAAUUCAAAAACUUAAGGCUGAAAAUACAGCCCUACUCUUGAAGAUGCAACAACUCACAGAAUUUGCUGGUAGAAAACCCGGAGAUGGUAGCCCUGCAUUGAAACGUUAUAAUCAUUCCCCUUCUGUACGAACAAAUUAUACAAAUUGUAGACAAAGUAGAAGUCGUUCCUCUUCGAUUUCUAGUCGCGUUAAAACUUCUAGAUCUAGUUUGUCACCAGGCAGCUCAAUGGAAUCACUUAGAGUUCGCAGCUCUCCUUCUCAAAAUACGAAAACGUGUACAAGGACAAAAAAUUCAAAAAUCGACUUUGAGAAUUUGGAAUCAAGAAUUCAUACAUUGCAGAAAAUGUUAAAGGAAGGAAUAAAUCUGAAUUGAAAAUCUCUUAUGAAC